CCCUGGUACCGGCGAUUUCGCCCAGACCCAAACCCGUAGUGCCACCGGCUCCACCGAAACCAACCGUAACAACUUCCUUUGCCAAGCCGGCUCCGGUCAAUGUGUACACGAAACCAGUACCGGCAACGACACCGGUGCCAGCAAAACCCAAGACCCCAUCGUCCGCCCAGCUGCAACAGCAGCAACAGGCCAAAGACCUACGGCAGAAAGCCAAAGAACGUGCUCAAUGGAAACGUGUUCAACACGGAAUCUUCAUGCUCCAAAAGGAAAAGUUUCUGGCCGUACCUUUUAGUGUGGGAGCAAUGGUAAGAAGCCGGGACACUGCCGCCACAUUGCCACCUCCGGCUCCACUGCCGAAGCGAUCUCUCUCCGAUCUUUACCCCACAAUCGCCGAGCUACAAAGGCAACUCCGGGCACAGAAAGCUGCCGGUCAGCCCACUGCAAAACGAUCACCUACGCCCUUAUUGGACCCAGAAAAGUUCAAGCGCAUCAAGGUAGAACCGAAAAAGUACGCUAAAGCGAUUGACCGCGCCGCUCGCAAAUCUCGACAGACGACGGCCGACACGCUCAGCAAGCAGCUCAAAGACGUACACAAGGUUCUCAACGCCCAUCAAGUCGACUUCUUCAAGUUUCACCGCCAGCGCCGAACCGAACACGCCAAACUUCUCAAGACCAUCCGGGACGUCUUUAACAAGGAAGCCCGGAAGGUCGAAAAGGACGCGACGCAUGCGGAGAAGGCGCGAAUUGCCGCAUUGCGGGCGAACGACAUGACCGCUUACUCAAAGCUUCUAGAGGAAACUCGCAACGACCGUUUGCAGUAUUUACUCGACAAGACAGAAAAGCACUUUACGCAGAUCUCCUCAUUGCUACACCAGGAACGGUCGGACGACGGGGGCGAUCAAAAAGGCAACAAUUCCUACUACGCGUCGGCUCACUUGAAAACGGAAGAAGUCCGACAACCAAGUAUACUGGUGGGUGGUGAGCUGAAGGAGUAUCAGCUGCUAGGAUUACAGUGGCUCGUAUCUUUGUACAAUAACAAGCUGAACGGGAUUUUGGCGGACGAAAUGGGAUUGGGGAAGACCAUUCAGGCUAUUUCGCUCAUUGCGUAUUUGAUGGAGUUUAAACAAAAUCUAGGUCCUUAUCUGGUGAUUGUGCCUCUUUCCACUCUCUCCAACUGGCAAAACGAGUUUCUCAAGUGGUGCCCGGCGGCGAGGCUAAUUUGCUACAAGGGAACGCCGGGGUUGCGAAAAGAGAUUUAUCGCGACCAGGUCCGCACCGGCCACUUCAAUGUAUUGCUAACUACGUAUGAAUAUAUCAUCAAGGACAAGAAAUUUUUACGCAAGAUUGAUUGGCAGUACGCGAUCGUCGAUGAAGGUCACCGCAUGAAAAACGCGCAGUCCAAGUUUGCCGUUACCCUCGGUACGCAGUAUUCAACGCGAUACCGCGUCUUGCUGACCGGAACUCCACUGAUGAACGACUUGAGCGAGCUUUGGUCACUUUUGAAUUUCUUGUUGCCCACUAUUUUUAACUCUGUGGAGACGUUUGACCAAUGGUUUAGUCGACCGUUCGAACAGUUUGGCGGUGGUUCUAACACGGAUGAAGGUGAUGACUUGUUGUCCAACGAGGAGCGCAUUCUGGUUAUCCAUCGUCUGCACGAGCUUCUUCGACCUUUCAUGUUGAGGCGUGUCAAGAGUGAAGUGCUUGAUCAACUACCCGAAAAGGUCGAGAAGGUCUUGCGUUGCGAGUUGUCCUCUUGGCAAAAAGAACUCUACAAACAAAUUAGUAAAAAAGCGGUGGCCGACACAGCUUUAAUGGGUACCGACACGCAGGCUCCAUCACGUGGCCUGAACAACAUUGUGAUGCAGCUACGCAAGGUCUGUAAUCAUCCCUACCUUUUUUCUCCGGAAGGUUACCACAUCAAUGACAUAAUAGUUCGUUCUUCGGGAAAAAUGGCUCUUUUAGACCAAAUGCUACCCAAACUCAGAGCCGCUGGUCAUCGUGUGCUGAUGUUCACGCAGAUGACAGCAGUCAUGACAAUCAUGGAGGACUACUUUGCUCUCCGGGGAUACAAAUCGCUGCGCUUGGACGGGUCAACUCCAGCGGAAGAGCGAGAAAAGCGUAUGUAUAAAUUUAACGCGCCGGACUCUCCUUACUUUGUUUUCCUAUUGUCCACACGGGCAGGUGGUCUCGGACUCAAUCUUACUUCGGCGGAUACCGUCAUUAUCUUUGAUAGUGAUUGGAAUCCCAUGAUGGAUCUGCAGGCACAAGAUCGGGCUCAUCGCAUUGGACAGCGUAGCGACGUUAGUGUCUUUCGGCUUAUUACUUACUCUCCAGUUGAAGAAAAGAUUCUCAGUCGAGCGAAUGAGAAACUCAGUGUCUCGGAACUGGUAGUGGAAUCGGGCCAAUUCAACAAGCAAGGCGGUGAAAGUGACAACAGUUUAGAGCGAAAACGGCUGAUGGAAAAAUCAGCUGGCUCGGAGGAUGGGGAGGAGGACGAUGACAACAACAGUGAGAGCAGCGACAAGGAAGAUUUAAACGAAAUGUUGAGCAAUAACGAAGCAGACUAUCAACUCUACUCGUCAAUUGACGAGCAGUUAGAAAGAGAAGGUGGUACUCUCGCUCCGCUGUACAUAAGCGACGCUGAUGUCCCUGACUGGGUUCGUUAUCCUCAUCAAGGAGCCAACGAUGGCGGGUUUGAAGCACCAAGCAACUUUUUGGGCGACGGCUCGAGGAAACGAAAAGCGGUCAUGUACGACGACGGUCUUACAGAGAAGCAAUUUCUUCGUAUGAUGGAGAAACAGGCCGUCCAAGAAGAGCAGCAACCUCGGAAACGUCCGAAGCUUCAGAAAAUCGCCCCGAGUACAGUCUCUGCAGCAGCUAUACCUGAUGCCGAAGAGCAAGCACCUUUACGUAGUGAUUCGCUCCUGACAGAUUGGACAUUCCGCAAACUAAUUAGCUGCUCAAAAUCGGUCGUCGCUUUAAAGGAUCCCAGCACAAAGCGACGUUUAUCUGAGUUGUUUCUUGAAAAGCCGGACCCCGCAACUUUUCCCGACUAUUACGAGAUUGUUGAGAAGCCAAUGGCAAUCAACGACAUUCUUCGCAAGUGCCGCGCGAAGAUAUAUUCUAACUUGCAAGAAUUCAACGAUGAUUGGAUGCUCAUGUUUGCGAAUGCCAAAAAAUUCAACGGCGAAGACUCGUGGGUUGUGGAGGACGCUAAGGCUCUGGAGAAAGAACUCCAG